UAACAUGUUAGAUUAGAUAGGUAAAAUGUUUGUAAUAAAUUCAAGAAAUUAAAUUGUCAUAAUUUGUACAAUUUACAAGAGGGCAGUACGAUCGAUAAUAUCUUGAUUCCACUACUAUAAGGUUGUGACCUUUGAUAGCAGUGAAAAAUAAGUGUAUCAGUAAUAUCGUCGUUUGAAGCAAAUAGGUUAUAGAAUUAAUCGUAUUAAGAAUAUUACGAGUUUGAUUGUUUUUACUCAAUUGACAAUUAUGGUAGAUACAGUAGGAAAGGUUAUUAAAUGUAAAGCAGCAGUUGCAUGGAAGGAAAAACAACCGUUAUCUAUCGAAGAGGUCGAAGUAGCACCUCCAAAAGCACAUGAAGUACGUAUUAAAUUAGUAGCAACUGCUUUGUGUCAUACGGAUGCUUAUACUUUAAGUGGAAUAGAUCCAGAAGGUAUAUUCCCAUGUAUUCUUGGACACGAAGGUAGCGGUAUCGUUGAAAGCGUUGGAGAAGGUGUAACCGAGUUCAAAGAAGGCGAUCAUGUUAUUCCUCUUUACAUACCGCAAUGUAAAGAAUGUAAGUUUUGUAAAUCUCCUAAAACAAACUUAUGUAGUAAAAUCCGUGCUACUCAAGGUAAAGGUCUAAUGCCUGAUAGCACAUCUCGUUUUACAUGCAAAGGACAAUCGAUUGCUCAUUUUAUGGGUUGUUCAACAUUUUCUGAAUAUACUGUGGUAUCGGAUAUAUCUUUGACAAAGAUUGACAGUACUGCGCCAUUGGAAAAAGUAUGUUUAUUGGGAUGCGGUAUACCUACUGGAUAUGGAGCUGUGCUUAAUACUGCUAAAGUAGAACCUGGAAGUACGUGUGCCAUUUGGGGUCUUGGUGCUGUUGGUUUAGCAGUAGCAUUUGGCUGCAAAACUGCUGGAGCGUCACGUAUCAUUGGAAUAGAUAUUAAUCCUGCUAAAUUUGAACAAGCCAAAACAUUUGGAUGUACCGAACUGAUCAAUCCCAAAGAUUAUGAUAAACCUAUUCAAGAAGUUUUGAUAGAACUCACCGACGGUGGACUUGAUUAUACAUUCGUUUGCGUUGGAAAUGUACAGACUAUGCGUGCUGCUUUAGAAUCUUGUCAUAAAGGAUGGGGUAUGUCUGUGAUCAUUGGCGUAGCUGCUGCUGGUGAAGAAAUUAGUACUAGACCAUUCCAGUUAGUAACUGGACGCGUAUGGACAGGUACCGCUUUCGGUGGUUGGAAGUCUAAAGACAGUGUUCCUAAGCUGGUGAACGAGUACAUGUCUAAGAAAUUACUUCUCGAUGAAUUUAUUACUCAUAAUUUACCAUUCGAGAAAAUUAAUGAAGCUUUCGAUAUUUUGCACUCUGGAGUUUGCUUAAGAGCAGUUCUCAAAUAUUAAGAUUAUAUAUAUAUAUAUAUAUAAUCAUAUUUUUUACGGUCUAUAUAUAUUAAUAAUAAUUAUUAAAACUUAUUUUUCCAUUAAGGAUUAUAAGAAUUUUAUAAAUAUACAUAAUAUAUUUCAUUAAUAUUCGUAGUUGACUUUACUCGUUUCCAUUCUCUUCACCAUCCCUCCUCUGUUCCAUUUCGAAAGAAUUGUUAUUAAAACAAAUAGGUAUUGCCAGCGAAAGGUAACGAAUUUCUACAACAAUCUUUAUUCAUAAAGAAUUCUUACAUUCACAUUUACAAUACUAACCAAAUCAGAUAUUAUUUAUGGUAGCUUCGAAAAGAAGUAAAAAUUCUUUACGCUUCGAUCAGGUGCAUACCUUAGAAAAAUCAUCAUGGCAAUAAGGUCAUUUACGAUGAUUUUUUUUCUUUUUUCUUUUUUUUUUCUUUUCUUUCUUCUUUUUUUUUUUUCAUUGUAUAUAAUUAGGUAUAUACAAUAAUGCAAGACUCCGGUAAAACUAUAUAUUCACGUUCCUUUUUACGUUAAUAUUAAUUGAUCUAGGUCGAUAGUACAAUAAUCGAGGCGGAAUGUAAGUUGCGCAUAAUAGCAGGAAAGAAGAGUAUUCGUUAGUUCACUUGUGGACGAUUAUCUCUUAAUCGAUCGGAUGGCGUUUAUAUUUAUUUAUAAUAUAUGUGUCAAUCUAAUUAAAUUUUGUGUUGACCAAAGAGAUACGCCAUGUUCAUUAAGAGAUAGUAAAUAUUUUCAAAUGUAUCCGUAUAAUCAAAUCAAAUAAAAGAAUUAUAAUUAUAUCU